UGGGGCGGAGUUGGAGGCCGCUUCCUGCUCAGGGAGUGUUUCAGCUUCAGCACGUGUGUGAUUCCUCCGUGUUGCUGGAUUACCUUUAUCUCGGGUGAAUUUGUGGGGUCCGGACUCCUUUCAGGCCUAAGCAUGAAGGCGAGACGAAAUAAAAAACAGGUCCCAAGCUUUCGCAAGUUGCUAAAAACUAGUAAAGUCAAACUUGAAAACAAGUUAAAAAACAAGCAACAUAAGCAACAAAGCACUCUCAAGAAGUACAGGAAGGAACAGAGAAAAUUAAGGCAAGCUGUAAAAGAUGCUGUGUCUAAGAAACCCAUUCCACUGGAGGACCCAAAGAGAAGACGACCAGUUAAAAGGAUUGAGAAAGAAGAGGAGGAAGAAGAGGAAGCACUUCCUUUAGAUAUGUUGGAUGAAGAUGACUUACAGUUAAUGAAGGAUUUAGGACAAAGAGCAUCUUUUCUAACAAGAGAUCUUUCUUCUAGUGAACCAGUUCACGUCAAGAAACGAAAGCAUGAGCAUAUCAUAGACAAAUAUGAAAAAAUACCAAGAACUCUGCAAACUGCACCUGAGAAGGAACUGAUUCACUUGCUUCCUAUCAAAGAUAAAAGUGGCAUAAUCCCACAGACAAGGGAGAAGCCAGAUACUGAUAGUAACAAAGAUGAAGAGGAUCAAGAAGAAGAGAUGGAACUUGAGGAAGAGAUCAUUGAAGAUCCUAUUCCAGAGAUGACCAGAGAAGAACAUUUGAUUGAGAGAAAGAAGAAACUACAGGAGAAGAAAUUACAUAUUGCAACUUUGGCAUCUGCCAUACUGUCAGAUCCAGAAAGCAAUAUUAAAAAACUGAAAGAAUUACGUUCCAUGCUCAUGGAACAGGAUCCUGAUGUGGCUGUUACUGUUCGGAAGCUGGUGGUAGUUUCUCUGAUGGAGCUAUUUAAGGACAUUACUCCUUCAUAUAAAAUUCGGCCCUUAACAGAAGCAGAAAAAUCUACCAAGAUCCGCAAAGAAACCCAAAAGUUACGAGAAUUUGAAGAGGGCCUGGUUAGCCAGUAUAAAUUUUAUUUGGAAAAUCUGGAGCAAAUGGUUAAAGAUUGGAAACAAAGGAAGCUAAAGAAAAGUAAUGUAGUUUCCUUAAAGGCAUAUAAAGGACUGGCUGAAGUGGCUGUGAAGAGCUUAUGUGAGCUGUUGGUGACACUACCUCAUUUUAAUUUUCACAAUAACAUCAUUGUAUUGAUUGUUCCUCUCAUGAAUGACACGUCAAAAUCAAUAUCUGAAAUGUGUUGUGAGGCAGUAAAGAAGCUCUUUAAACAAGAUAAAUUAGGCCAAGCUUCUCUUGGUGUAGUUAAAGUGAUUUCUGGUUUUGUGAAAGGCAGAAAUUAUGAAGUUAGGCCAGAGAUGUUAAAAACAUUUUUGUGCCUAAGAAUCAAGGAAGUAGAAGUAAAAAAAGAUACAGAAGACAUCAAUAAGCCCAAAAAGUUCAUGACUUUCAAGGAAAAGAGAAAAACUCUAUCAAGAAUGCAGAGAAAGUGGAAGAAAGCAGAAGAGAAACUAGAGCGAGAGCUUCGGGAAGCAGAAGCUUCUGAGAGUACGGAGAAAAAACUUAAGCUACACACGGAGACCCUGAAUAUGGUAUUUGUAACCUACUUCAGAAUAUUGAAGAAGGCCCAGAGAUCACCUCUUCUGCCAGCAGUCCUUGAAGGUCUUGCCAAGUUUGCUCACCUUAUAAAUGUGGAAUUUUUUGAUGAUUUAUUAGUGGUUCUUCACACUCUCAUUGAAUCUGGUGACCUAAGUUACCAAGAAAGUCUUCACUGUGUUCAGACUGCUUUUCAUAUUCUUUCUGGGCAAGGUGAUGUUCUAAAUAUUGAUCCAAUGAAAUUCUAUACACAUCUCUACAAAACGCUAUUCAAAUUACAUGCAGGUGCUACCAAUGAUAGUGUUGAGAUUGUACUCCAGUGCCUCAAUGUCAUGCUAACCAAGCGCAGAAAGCAAGUUUCUCAACAGCGAGCCCUUGCCUUCAUCAAGCGCCUUUGUACCCUUGCUCUUCAGGUUCUUCCGAAUUCAAGCAUUGGCAUUUUAGCAACUACCAGAAUAUUAAUGCAUACUUUCCCCAAAACAGAUCUAUUGCUUGACAAUGAAUCUCAGGGAAGUGGGGUUUUCCUCCCUGAGCUGGAUGAGCCCGAGUACUGUAAUGCUCAGAACACUGCACUGUGGGAAUUGCAUGCGCUGCGGAGACAUUACCAUCCCAUUGUGCAGAGAUUUGCAGCUCACCUAAUGGCUGGAGCACCUUCUGAAGGCUCUGAAGCAUUGAAACCAGAAUUGAGCCGAAGAUCUGCAGUUGAACUUUUUGAGACUUACAGCAUGGCAGCAAUGACUUUCAAUCCUCCUGUUGAAUCAUCAAACCCCAAAAAGAAGGAUAAAUUUUUACAAGGAGAUUCAUUUUUGAAUGAAGAUUUAAAUGAACUAGUCAAAAGACAUUGUAGUGAAGUUGCUAUAGAGUCACCUCUGGAUUUCACCAAAUAUUUGAAAACAUCACUAUGGUAGCACAAAAAUGAAGAGUCAGUGGACUUCCUUGUAUAUUUGUAUGUGGUAAAGAUAAAUUGUUGACUUAGAAAUAUUUCUUCUUCUACAAGGAAAACUUCCUAAGAAUGAUUAGGAAGAGAAAUAAUUACCCUUUGCAUGAUAUAAAGCUAUGCCCCAAUUAAGAAAAUGUUAUUUCAUUAAAAAAGGAAAAUUGAAAACCUUCUUUUUCUCCCGAUAUUUGGAAGUUUCCUUCUUAAUGAUGCUGCCUUUUAAAAACUUAAUACAUAUUUAGUUAGUUUUUUUUUUUUUUUUGUACCAGUGAUCGCAUCCACUGGUGCUUAACCACUGAGUUAUGUCCCCAGCCCUUUUUAAAAUUUUUUUAUUUAGAGACAUGAUUUCAGUAAGUUGUUGAGGGCCUAAGUUGCUGAGGCUAGCUUUGAACUUGUGAUUCUCCUGUUUUAGCCUCCCAAGCUGCUGGGGCCACUGGCCCCAGCUUAAGUUACAGUUUUUAAAAUAAUCUUUGGGUGUGAUAAUGUAGCUCAGUGGUAGAAUGUGUGCCUCGCCUACAGGAGGCCUUGGGUUCAAUCCCUAGCACCACACACAUAUACAAAAUCUCUGAGUUAGAUAUUAUUGAAAUUUAGUUGCCAUAUUAAAAUUAGGGCAUAAAACAUAGGACAUUUAAGAUUGAGAGUGUUUUUAUCAUUUAGCCACUUCCUAAAACUAAAUAUUUAAAAAACUAAAUAAAUAUUAUUGUUCUUGUAAUACUAUAGAUGGAAAUAAAAAACAUUCUAAAUUUGAGUGAGUAUACAUUGUAUGCAGAUUUUUGAGGAAAGGGAAAAAAAUAGCUUGAAAUUGGACUUAGGUUCAUUGGCUCACUUCAAGAAGUCACCUAAUUUGGUCUUUUAUAAAAAGGAUGAGUGUUUAUUAUGGCUACUUUCAAAAGAAGUUUGAAUGUGAUUCUAGUAUCUUUGAAGUUCUGUGUGUUUCCUGACAUGCCCUGGAGGCUGUUAGGGGAAGAACUGCUCUAAGAGGGAAGAACCCAGCCCAAGAAUUUCCAUCUUGUUUUAGGGACAAAGGGAAUCCAGCAAAAGGCCUUCCUAAUUUUUUUAAAAAAAUACAGGUAAAAUAUGUAUAUAUAUAUAUAUAUAUAUAUAUAUAUAUAUAUACAUAAGUAUUUUUUAGUUGUAGGUAGACACAGUCACCUUUAUUUCAUUUUUAUGUGGUGCCGAGGAUCAAACUCAGUGUUUCACACAUGCUAGGCAAGUGCUCUACUGCUGAGCUGCAACCCCAGGCCAAAAUGUAUAUUCUUAAUGAAUAUAACUAUAAAACAGUAUUUUAUGUAACAGCAAUUGUUAGUUAUUGUCUUAUUCUAACAACAGUUUAUGAAAUAUGUUUCAAUGGCCAGGGAAAUAUUUUCUACUGUUAAUAGUUGAAUACAUAGCUGCUUUCUCUGUUUCCUGUUUUUGAUGUGAGAAUUUUUUUAAAAAAGGAUACUAGUCUAACUAAGUAGAUCUCUCAUUGCUUCAUAACCAUAUUCAGAACCAUAAAAACUAGUUACUUUGGUUUCUUAUGAAAUAAAUAAAAAUUGAAAAAUUCCCUUGUCAUUCCAGCAGUGGGAGUGUGGAUAUCAGUUUAACUGUGCACGUCAGUCUUCCCCACCAAUCCCACCCACCCCAGGAUGGGGAUUGAGCCCAGCGCCUCAAACAUGCUAGGCAAGUGCCCUACCACUGAGCCACAACCCCAGCCCCCAUGUCCAGCCCUUUUAAAAUUUUAUUUUGUGCUAGGGUCUCAUUAAUUUGGUAGGCUGGGCUUGAACUUGUAGUCCUCCUAUCUCAGCCUCAUGAAUAACUGGGAUCAGAUGUGGGCCACCACACCCUGUUUUGUUUUCAAAUAAGUCUUUUCUUUAUAUGUGAUUUGAAAAGUAUUUCUUUUUUUUUUAAAUGUUUUAGUUGUAGUCGGACACAAUACCUAUAUUUCACUUAUUUAUUUUUGUGUGGUGCUGAGGAUCGAACCCAGGGUUUUGCACGUGCGAGGUGAAAGGUCUCCCACUGAGCCACAACCCCAACCCUUGAAAGGUAUUUCUGAGGUCACAUUUCAAAGGCUUGAUUGUUAAGGAUAAAAAAGGUAUGUUUUAGCAUAUAAAUAUUUACUUAUAACCUCCAUUUAGAUAUAAAUGAAUAACAAAGAAUAUUAUAAAUAUUUCUGUGACUAAACAGGGUUUCUGUCCUUAUCAGAGCACAAGUGACCAAUACACAUCAAACUAUUUUCCAAACAUAUACAAAUAUAGGGGCUAGGGUUGUGGCUCAGUGGUAGCACACUCGUCUGGCAUGUAUGAGGCACUGGGUUGGAUUCUCAGAACCAUAUAUAAAUAAAUGAAUGAAUGGAUGAAUAAAGUUAAAAAAUGUCAAAUACAUUUAUGUUUGACUUUGGCAGCAAAAACUGUAAUUUAGGUGAAAAAUCAGUUUUAGAGCAGGAAUUCAAUGGCUUUUUCAAGCUUGCAUUAUGCUUUUAACUUUUUUUGUUUGUGUAUUUAUAUAGUGAGUCACAGAUCAUUGUAUAUCUAGUAUUUAAAUAUCUUGUAUGAAUAUGGGUAUGAAAUAUAUUUGUGCAUAAA